AAUACCACAGCUCCCAGCACCUUUUGAUGAAGUCGCGCUGCAGUCUCGCGUUGUACAGCGAGACUUCUGGCGCAGCUGUCUCCCCGAGCCACAGUUUCUCUUCUCAGUCGGCAAGUUAACGGACUAAAAUAUCGGAACACAUAUCUUACUCAUAACGGUCUUUAUUGAGGAACCUUUCUUCGUGUUUUGCGAUAUACAAGCUCGGUAUAGACUCUGACACUCAAUGCUGUGAAGUCCUUUAAUGAAUAAAAGGUAAGGCGCUGACAGGUCAGGAUCCGUGUCUCCCUUAACCGGCUUUUAACGUCAACAUUCAGGCUAACGUCACCCUAAAUAGGCCAGCUUACUCGGCUAAUGUAUAAAGUGUUCUUGUAGAUAUUAACCAUUUUCGUCUCAGGGGAACUCUGCAAAUUGGUUUGGAGUAAAAAGUCUGUUUUUUAGGCUUACCGGCUUCUGGUAGCUUUUCCUUUCAGAACAGGCUGAAAUGGAGGGACAUGUGACGUGGUAGUCAGGGCUCGAAAACACAGCUCGAGACACAGCGCUGGCCUUCAGUGCUCUCCGGCUGUUAUCAGUACCGUACAGAGGUUAAAGCGUGGCGGACCGUGCCGGACACCUAUGAUGCACCAGCAGGGUUCGUUGAUGCCGUCCUUGCUCAGUGAUGUAUUCUGCCAGUGCCAAUCAGGCGACACCCACCUAGGGGUCGACCCGGGCGGCGGGCACACUGAAGACCCCACCUCAACAGCCCCCCGGCAGCCCGGGGCCGAGGACCGGCACUCGGAGCCGGGUCAGUCAACGCAUCAAUGUGACACGUGUGGAGGGCCCGAGCAGGAGCACAGGCUGAAGGUUCUGUUCCAGAUCCUGGAUGUGAACGGGGAUGGAGGCAUCUGUGUCAACGACCUGACUAUUGGGCUGAAGAAGUUAGGAGUACACCGCACUGAACAUGAGCUCAGGAAAAUAGUGAAAGCAGGAGACAAGGACCUGGACGGACAGUUAGACUUUGAAGAGUUUGUCCAUUAUCUCAGAGACCACGAGAAGAAACUCCGGCUGGUCUUCAAGAGUCUCGACAAGAAGAACGAUGGCCGGAUUGACUCGCAAGAAAUCAUGCAGUCUCUGCGUGACCUGGGGGUGAACAUCUCUGAGGAACAGUCUGAGCAGAUCCUCAGAAGUAUGGACAAAAAUGGCACAAUGACUAUUGACUGGAAUGAGUGGCGGGAUUAUCACCUCCUCCAUCCAGCAGACAACAUACCUGAGAUCAUCCUCUACUGGAAACACUCCACGAUCUUUGAUGUUGGUGAGAGUGUGUUGGUCCCUGAUGAGUUCACAGCAGAAGAGAAGAAAACAGGAAUGUUGUGGCGACAUCUAGUGGCUGGAGGUGGAGCAGGCGCUGUGUCUCGAACCUGUACUGCACCACUGGACAGGCUCAAAGUACUCAUGCAGGUUCACUCCUCCAAGAGCAACAGCAUGCAUAUCUCUGGAGGCUUCAUGCAGAUGAUCCGAGAGGGAGGUGUGAGGUCACUGUGGCGAGGCAACGGCAUCAACGUCCUUAAAAUAGCCCCAGAGUCUGCUAUUAAGUUCAUGGCCUACGAACAGAUUAAACGAUUGAUGGGAAGUAACCAGGAGACGCUGGGCAUUGCGGAGCGGCUGGUGGCCGGCUCUCUGGCUGGAGCCAUCGCUCAGAGCAGCAUCUACCCCAUGGAGGUCCUGAAGACACGCUUAGCUCUGAGGAAGACGGGCCAGUACUCGGGCAUCGUGCAAUGUGCCAAACAUAUCUUUCAGAAGGAGGGGGCGGCUGCUUUCUACAAGGGCUACGUCCCCAACAUGCUGGGCAUCAUCCCCUACGCUGGCAUCGACCUGGCAGUCUAUGAGACUCUGAAGAAUUACUGGCUCCAGCGCUUCGCCACAGACAGCGCUGACCCGGGGGUGUUCGUGCUGCUGGCCUGCGGCACCACCUCCUGCACCUGUGGCCAGCUGUCCAGCUACCCCCUGGCCCUGGUCCGCACUCGGAUGCAGGCACAAGCUACCCAGGAAGGGGGCCCUCAAAUGACCAUGAGCACCCUGUUCAGACACAUCAUUAAGACCGAGGGGCCCUUGGGACUCUACCGGGGCCUGACUCCCAACUUCAUGAAGGUCAUUCCAUCAGUCAGCAUCAGCUAUGUGGUCUACGAGUACCUCAAGGUCCAACUGGGGGUCCAGUCAAAGUGAGGAGGGGCAGAGGCUGGAGGCUGGCGGCUUUAUGCGUUUGUUUUGAGCUGAAGAUUUGCUGCGUUGGCCUCCAAGAAACAUGCAGCUGACACUCAACAUAUUCAAAUCCCAUUAUGAAAUAUCAGGGUUUGAAAGAUAAAUGUGAGGUGAUAUGAAUGAAGAGGAAUGAGAACCUGAAGGCAGAGAGGUUGAUGAAGACUCCAUUGAAGCAACUCAUUAUAGUUGCUCUUAUAUGAACAUGUCUUGCGCAAUUCAGGGGACAAAUGUUUACAUUAAAUUCAUGGCAGUAGUUUACUGGGGUACCAGCAACUUGCCAAUGAUAUGUCAGGAGCUCCUGCUCAGUGUGAAGGAAGACUCUUUGUCUUAAAGGGCUCUGCUAUAGCACAUCACAAACAUCAUUCAUGUUUUUCUUUCAUAUCACGUGUGCUCUCAGGCUCUCUCAGUUGGCCGCUUGCUGCAGCCACAAGGAGAACGUACAGUAGCUGUAGCUUUAGUAAUUCAUACGCACACAAGAUUGAAUCAGGACCAUAAUGUUGUUUAUGGAACAUUUCCUUUUUGUUUUCCAAGGUCCACUGCUCCUUUAGUUGCUUUAAAUCCAUUCAGAUCCAUUCAGUCAGUUGUUUUAGGGAGCGAGAUGUGACCAAGCAGGAAAGCAGCAACAUGUCUCAUCAUGAUGUGACUUCAUUUGUUUAACAAUGAUACACUGGACAGCAUGUUUUUAGGGUUAUAUUUUGUGCUUUUUGACCUUAUUAUUCAGUCCAGAACAGGAGAGACAGGAAGGGGAGGACAUGCAGCAUUUGUACUGUUAAGGGAAACAUUGUGAGACACUGCACAUUCUGUAUUUUUAAGAAAUAGCAGUAUAAAAUGUUGAGUUUAGUGUCACUCCUAUGGGUGUGUACUCAUGGGACACACUUCCAUUCUUCCUUAUUCCUGUACAAAAUAUCAGUUAUCAUAUGUUUUCUUUAAAAGCAGGCCCCCUCUAUACAGGUUUAAAAUGAGUCAUCAGGAAAAAAUGUCUUAGCUAGUGACAUUUGAAUAUUUCACUGGGUUGUCGGCUGAAGACAUUUCCAUUUUUUCUUGUAUGAAGUGAAUACAAGUCCUUCAUUUGACCUGCUGCAGCUCUCUGACUGAAGCUGCAGAUCCACGAGUGCCUUGUGUGCCUCUUACUUAAAUGCACUUGAACACUAUUAGAGGGGAAGUCUGUGGAACAUUGAAUGCACUUUAAGGUACUCCGCUUUAACUCCUGAUUUUAUUAUUAUUAAUGUAUUUAUGUAUUUAUUUUUACAAAAAAGGAUUCAUGACUGCAUUUGUGAUAUAUUGGUUAUGCUGAAUAAAUAAUAUACAGGUCUCUUUGAUUUCAGAGUAAUCUGUGGCCUUGGUGAAAAUCUGAGAACUGGAAGUAAUCUGACAUGGUUUCAAAGAAAUAGAAUGUUCAAUACAAAGUUAAACAGAAAAAAAGGAAACAAUAAUGUGAAUAAGUGGAGUAGAAUAUUUAAAUCAAACCAAUAUUUUUGUGUAAUAGUUGGAAAAUGAUUAAAACUCAACUAAUUAUUGGGAAA